GCGCUCGUACUUCAAGAGCCAAGAUGAACGCGACAAGCGUCCCGCUGAUGGCGCCGCCGACGCGCCAGGCGCCCGAAGACAUGGAGGCCGGUAGCAUCGACGUCCAUGACAUCCUGCACUCGCUCGGCUCGUUCCGCGCGGUGCUCCUGCCCGUGACCAUGACGAUGCUCCUCUCGAGCCUUGCUUCGGCCGUGCUCACGGACCCAGAGACCGCCGAUCAGAUCGCCCACGCCUACCUGGUGUACCUCCCGGAAGACGGCGAGUCGGACGGAUCGCUCCUCGGGCAUGCGAUUGUGAACGCCCUCGCGAUCGUCGGCGUCUUUGUCAUUGCGACCUUUGUCAUUGUGUUUUGCUACAAAUUUCAGUUUACCAACUUCCUCGUCGGCUACAUGUUCUUCUCGUCGGCCGUCUUGCUCGGGGUCCUCGGCGGCCACCUCGCGACCGUCCUCCUCGAGCGCCUCGACGUCGCCGUCGACAUUCUCUCGUGGUCCAUCGUCAUGUACAACUUUGCGAUCGUCGGCGUCCUCUCCAUCUUUUACCAAAAGGGUCUGCCCAUGUCGGUGACGCAGUCGUACCUCGUGGCGGUCUCGGUCAUCAUGGCGUGGCAGCUCAGCAAGUUUCCAGAGUGGACCACGUGGGCGCUUGUCGUCGUGCUCGCCUUCUACGACCUCUGCGCUGUGCUCACGCCGUGCGGGCCGCUCAAGUGCCUCGUGAACCUGAUUCAGUCCGAGGGGCGGCCGCUGCCAGGCCUGCUCUACGAGGCCGAAGUGCAGACGCGCUUUGAUCACACGGAGCCCAAGUACUACCAGCACGGCGGCCCCUUGCCGUCCGUCACAGCAACAGCAACGACGGCUUCAGACGUCUGCAGUUUUGCCCGCCGGCGGUCCAAGCCCCAGGACGAAGACGACGACAGUCUCGAGACGGAGGCGCAGACCGAGCCGCUCUUGCCGCCCCCUGUCGUCCUGAAGCCCAAGACGAGCGUUCGCGACCGGCUCGUUGCUUUCUACACCGCCUACAACCCCGACGCACUGGACCGCGUCGACAGCAUCUUGGCCAUGUACGAGGGUCGUGAAGGCGACCUCUGGCGCGACCUCGAACGCAAGUACGGCCUCGACACCGACGACGAGGAGGACAAUACGAUCAAGCUCGGGCUCGGGGACUUCGUGUUUUACAGCGUGCUCGUGUCGCGCGCGGCGCUCUACGACGUCUCAGCCAUGUGGGCGUGCGCCGUCGCGAUUCUCAUGGGCCUCGGCGGCACGCUCUUCCUCCUUGGCAUUCACAAGCAGGCGCUGCCGGCGCUCCCGAUCUCCAUCUUGCUCGGUGUCGCCGUCUACUUUUGGAUGCGCUGCGUGCUCUUCGACUUUAUGAACAUGACGCUCGCGCUCGGCAUCGAGAUGUGAGAGAUCGGAUAGAGUUGUCACGCUCAAUGCACGCAAACCAUUUGACCUG